GGAGGACGCAGGCGCGGGCGGGCGGGGAGCGGCGGCGGGGCCGGGGUCGCUGCGCGGGGCGGGCGGCCCAUGGCCGUGGGCGGCGGCGGCGCCGGGCGACGAUGACCGACUACAGCGAGGAGCAGCGCAACGAGCUGGAGGCGCUGGAGUCCAUCUACCCGGACUCGUUCACGGUAUUGUCAGAAAAGCCAACAACUUUCACGAUCACUGUGACAUCUGAAGCUGGAGAAAAUGAUGAAACGGUCCAAACAACCCUUAAAUUUACCUAUAGAGAAAAAUACCCUGAUGAAACUCCACUUUAUGAAGUUGUCUCACAGGAGAAUCUUGACGAUAAUGAUGUCACAGACAUUAUAAAACUGCUAGAGCAGCAGGCAGAAGAAAAUUUAGGAAUGGUAAUGAUCUUCACUCUAGUCUCAGCAGUACAGGAGAAAUUAAAUGAAAUAGUGGAUCAAAUAAAAACACGAAGAGAAGAGGAGAAGAAACAGAAAGAAAGAGAAGCAGAAGAAGAGGAGAAACAACGUUUUCAUGGCACUCCUGUUACCAUUGAGAAUUUCCUAAAUUGGAAAGCCAAGUUCGAUGCAGAACUCCUAGAAAUAAAAAGGAAAAAGAUGAAAGAAGAAGAACAAGCAGGCAAAAAUAAAUUAAGUGGUAAACAGCUGUUUGAAAUGGAUCACAACCUUGACACUUCUGACAUCCAGUUCUUGGAGGAUGCUGGAAACAAUGUGGAGGUUGAUGAAUCUUUAUUCCAAGAGAUGGAUGAUUUAGAAUUGGAGGAUGAAGAGGAUGACCCUGACUACAACCCUGUUAAUUUAGAUAGUGAUUAGACUUAUUUGAACUGAUUCUGUCAUCAGUAUGGACAUAUGUAAGGAAAGAGGAGCAGGCCAGAAAGCCACAGCAUCUGUGGUUUUAGUAAUGAGUAUUGGUUUUCUUUCUUCUUUCUUUUUUUUUUUUUUUAAUUUUUUCUCCAAAGAAAAAAACCAAAAUAUUUUAAAUCCAGGAGAAUGGUCUUCUGAUGACUUUCACUAUAAAUAAAUUUACUUUAAUAUUUCAAAUGGAAAAUUUGAGAAAUAAUAAUCUGUCUGCAAAAUGCUUGUCUAGUUUCUCUUAUUUUUUUCCUUCCCACUUCCAUAAUUGGCCUUUGAAGAGACGUGGCAACAAAGCAAGAUGGAAAGAUGUUACAGCAAGCACUAAACACAUCUGCGUCUAGAGGCUGAGCAGCUCUUCUGCUGUCUUCCACCUGGAAUAUACAUGGGCAGCUUCAGUGAGUAAAAGGGAUCACAUACUAUGCAGUUAUUUAUUUUUUUGGUUUUUUUCCCCUCCUGUGAUGUUUUUAACACUUCAGGUCAGUUCUGAUGCCCCAACCUAUAACCUGUAGAUAGACAGCACUAGUUACCUUUGUUGUGUAGCCUUAUUAAACUUUAAUGGAAACCGUUUCCAUACAAUUAAAUUUUUUUGCCAUCAUCAUGAAUAAUAUCUUCAAAAUGACUAGUUCAGGUCUGUAGGGAAAAAAUCAGAACAUGAUCAGGUCCUCUUAACUUUUGGUUGAUUUGUUCAGAGAGGGUGGAUUUUUUUGAAUGUGUGCAUCCAUAAAUUUCCGUGAAAAGUCAAACCCCACCCUAGGAAAAUCAGUUUGCUUUUAGCAACUGGGUGCAUCAAAACACUAUCAGUGGAGUGCAGAUUGCAGUACCAGGUCUUAUAGAGUGCUUUUAGGUUUCAGUGUAAUGGGUGUAGUUUUAGAAGCAUCUUCUUGGUAGCCUAUGAAGGUUAGCACAACAUGCAGUAAGAGCUAGACAUCAACUUGGGGAUGUUACUCAUCCUUCAGAGUUGUUUCUGGAGCUAACAGAUGUUAGACUCCUCCCUUACCACCUCCAAAAAUCCCCAAGCACUGCAAGAACUGUGGUGUUUAAACAUGCUGUGUUUGAAACUGCAUCACUAGAAGGAUGAGGGUAUGGGUGAAGGUUUCAAAAGAGAGCUCUCCAGAUAGAAAGACAGGCCCCUCAAUGAUUAAACACUAUGUGCUGAAUUUUAAAUGCUGUUAGUAGACUGCCUUAACUGUGCCCUUCAAUCUUUGAAGAGGGUUGCACUAAAGUACCACAUUGCUUAGAGGAAUAAUAAAUUUAUGAAUUUUAAUAUUUGAAAAUUCCGUAUUCAAAAUGACAAGUUUAGUUCCAGAAAUAAUUUAAUGGGGUAUAAGAUUCUCUGCUCAUAUCGCCUGAGAACAUCUGUUUAGGAUGAUCUCCUUUAACAUGUUUUAGUAGAGUUUUUUUGGGUUUCUUACUGUAUUCAAAAUUAAUGAAUUUCUAGUAGAUAAAAUAAAUGUUCAAGUACCCUGUAAAUACUUUUAUAAAUUAACCAUGUGCCUUUGUUCCUAGUCUUCUCUUUGAUCUUUUUAAUUUUGGCUACUAAGAACUCUAGAUAAGUAUCUAGGUUUCAAUGAUAAUGUAUGUUUCAAAGCAAUAAGCAGGAUCUGUGUUCCAGCAGAGUUACCAAAUACAUUAAAAAUUGUGAGCUAAUGUGAUAUUAAAUCUGACUUUUCCAAAGAUAUGGUUGGAUUGAAAACUUUGUAGUUACUACAUCCAGCUUCCUGUGUAAUUGCUAGGAUACUUCAAAAUGCUCUUCAGUAUUGAACCUAAUUUACUUCUGGUAUGUUUCAAUUCAGCUGCAUAGAAAAUCUAUUUAAUUCCUAAGGAGGCUUUCCAUUUUCAGCUAUGUAUGUUUAUAACUGGCAUUUUUUUCAUAAGAGGAGAAAAUUAGUUCUCUUUAAAUUUGGACUGAAUCCAAGAAUGCUGUAGCCUGUGCAAAAUGUGGUAGUCAUAAAUUUUUCCAAGUGGGUCACUGAAAGGAAUCAUCUACAUACGAAAGAAAGUUUCUUGUUAAUGAUAUUUGUAGAUUAAUGAAAUUUUCUAGUCCAUUUUCACACUAACGUAUUUAUUGGUUUUCAUUCAGAGGAUGUAUAGCUUAAAAAAUGUUACAAAUAUAUAAAACAAGUUAAAAUGUGAAAAUAUGUUUCCACUGUUGUAUUUCAAAGCAGAGGAAAUAAUAAGGGUUGAAGUGACAAAAAAAUUGCAUAAAGUAUGUUCCUCCAGGUCUUUGGAACAAGUUUCAGUGACUCAAUCUGAACUGCAGAUUUGUUUAGCUUUGUUAGAAAUUAACAUCUGUGAAAUAAAAGGGAAUUUGACUGAGA